UCUCUAAAUGUAGUUAAUGUAAAUUGUAAUUGUCAGUGACAGUAUUUUCUGUUCGUAUUAUUCAAACAUUGAUUUAUUUGAUGUUCAUGUAUUGAAUUUUUUCUACAGAUGUACCGCUUUUAACUUCUAAUGUCACAAAGUCAUAUGAGCCCAAGUCCUUCUGUUGAUUAGUAAAAAAGACCUGGUGUUUUUAUUAUACAUGGUUCAUGGUUGUCAUUGGUUAUUAAUAUUUUCAUGUUUUGUAAGUAUGGGAAUGCUCAACCUACCAGCAAUACAUAUCAUGUUGUGUCCUCCCAUUGUGUUCAGUGUUACCCCACAGUGUGCACAAUUGAUUGGAAAAGGACAACCUGUCAGGCGUACAUCAAAUAAAGAACUGUUCCAUGGUUACCAAUUUGAAAACUUUGAAUUUACGAGAAAAGUAACUGAUUGGGUGUAAAAAGUUCUGCUCUAUUGUAUUAAAAAACAGAAAUGAGAAGUCAGAUGAAAAUGAGUUUUAAAGCAAAAUGUUUCGUGUCCAUCACUUAAGCAUCAAGGAAUUUAUAACAAACUUCUUUGUGUUCCUUGGCCAUAUGUUGACAAAAUAUAUUAGAUCUUCUACUUGCAAAUGGCAAACAGUGUAUACAUGUUAAUAUCUCACUAUUUGUCACAAAAUGCCGUAGGGGUUUUAGAUCCCAAGCCAAUUAAUUGCAUAUUGUGUAAAUAAAUCAGUAUGUACAUUUUUUUAAUCUUGUUUAACUCUAGAUGACUUUUAAAAAUGUUACAGUCUACAGUAAUUACUCAUCUCAUAUACAAUAACAUUAUUUGUUACUUUUCAAUUACUAUGCAUGUUGAACAAAAUUACUAUUGAGUUUAUAUCAAUAACUAUGUAAAUAAAUAUCAUGGUCACAUUUCUAUUUCAAAAGUUACUUCAAUGUUCAAUUAUUUGAGUUCCAAAGAAAACAAAUUAGAAUCAUAUUUUUUUUGGAUUGAGAAAAAAGUAUUAUCAGAGUUUUAAGAAGAGUACAAAAACCUCCAGGGAAUUGGCUGUACUUACAGUGUGCCACCAACUGUUUUCUUAUAAAGAAUUUUUCUUUUACGCUGCGAAUGUAUUUUUAAUCAUUGACUUACAGGUAUUAUUAAUAAUGUUAACUAUGAUGUAUUGAAUGCCUUCAACUAGUGUAGAAUAUUAGUAAAAGCUGUAUUUUUGAAUAUGCGUUAUUGGCUGGAGGAGUUAACCCUCUCUGGAAGCAGCACUGACUAAAAUUAAUACUUUUUUUUUUUAAAGUUAGCACCUUGUUCACUAUGUAAAGAACAAGAUUUCUCAACAGUUCACUUGUAAUAACGUGACAGAUGUGUAAUGUUUAAACACUAAUAAAUUAUAUUUUUGACAUGUAGCAUGGUUGGAACCCUAAGUUCAAAAACAGUUCAGCAUUUUCAGAGAAUUGUAGUUAUUCUAAUCUUAGCCUCACAAUAUCAUAU